AUGACUUAUUUAUCUGAAUCUGAUAUUAUAGAAAUUAGAGAAUCAAGGGGGAAGAUACCAAAUGUAUCAAAAAGAAUGUCAAAAAAAUUUCAUAUUGGUGCUUGUCAUGUUUAUAAAAUAUGGAAGCACAAUGAACAUUUACAACAAGAUCUUAAUUCUCUAUCACCUUCUGAUUUUGAUAACUCUUCUAUUUUAAAUGAUUUUAAAAGCAAGAAAUCUUCAGCUAUUGAGACAUCAAUUAAAAAAAUAAAACCCAAACCUGUUCAUAUUUUGAAUCAAUCUUCUAUUAAUAAAAAUUUAACUAAAAAGUUAAGUGCAAUAUCAUUAAAAGCAAAAAAAAGAACUACACCACCUGUUACAUUACAAGAGACUGAAGAUAUUUUGGAAUUACAUAAGAGAAACCAAAAAGAUAUAGAAAAAAUUAGAGCGAGUAGUUAUACUCUUGUCUCUAAAUUAUGUAUUCCUUAG